CACAGGAACAAGUGCAACUGACUGACUAGGGGAGAUGGGUCCCAAAGCCCCAUAAGUUGGAAUUUGAGCCCGAAAGCCUGACCCCUCCCCCUCCUUGGGACCAGGAGCCCCCACCACCCAGCGAAGGGGAGCGGCGGUAUCAAGCCAGCCUCCCGGGUGUUACCCUUUUAAAUGCCAGCGUUCGGGGCUGUCGGGGCAGCACGAGGCAGCGGAACGGAACAGUCGGAUUGGCCCGCACGCCUCCGUUCUAGACGCACCUCUCCAGCAAAAGGCCCUUCUGACUGGCGGGGCGGGGUGGGAGGGGGGAGAAAGUAAACAGAGUUGAAUCACCCUCCCCAAUGGCCAAUUGGAGGGGGUUUAGAUUGUGACGUGAUGGGAUUCUGCGAAAUUGUUACUGAGCCGGAGAAUGCCGGAACGGUGCGGACUGGCCGGAGCUGGGGCUCAGAAGCCGUCAGUGGAGUGGAGGAAAAGUGUCUCUGAGAUCCGGCGCUGCGUCCGGCCCUGACCAUCCACACCUCAAGGUGUUCGACUGAAUGUCCCGGAGUUUUGGCUCGACGGACCAGCGAUCGAGGGCGUGUACCUCUCUUGCAGUUUCCUCUCCCUGCGCCUCGGGGGCGUUUUCAGUCGAAUAAACUUGCGACCGCCACGUGUGGCAUCUUUCCAAAGGGGAACCGGCUUGGAGAGCCGGCGCGCCCGUCGGGGAGGGGGAUCGCGCCCGGCGCAGGGCAGGGCAGGGCGGCGGCGGCGGCGAGAGGCGGCGGCGGCGGCAGCGCGAGCGGAGCCCCGGGGCCCGUGGAUGCUGCGUGCGGAGGCGCUGCCGGUUACGUAAAGAUGAGGGGCUGAGGUCGCCUCGGCGCUCCUGCGAGUCGGAAGCGCCCGCGCCCCCGCCCCCUUGGCCGCGCCGCGCCGCGCCGCUGCUUAGUCGUCCGAGGCCAGGGGCCGGGGCGAGCCGAAGCUCCGCAGCCACCGUCAACUUUGGCCGCGCCGCCACUGCCGUCGCCGCCGCCUGGGGCUGCUGGUCGCUCGCACCAUGUCCGCGGCCGCCUAUAUGGACUUCGUGGCUGCCCAGUGUCUGGUUUCCAUCUCGAACCGCGCUGCGGUACCGGACCAUGGGGGCGUUCCGGAUACCGAGCGCCUGCGACUCCCCGAGCGCGAGGUGACCAAGGAACACGGUGACCCGGGGGACACCUGGAAGGAUUACUGCACGCUGGUCACCAUCGCCAAGAGCUUAUUGGACCUGAACAAGUACCGACCCAUCCAGACCCCCUCCGUGUGCAGCGACAGUCUGGAGAGUCCCGAUGAGGAUCUGGGAUCCGACAGCGACGUGACCACCGAAUCUGGGUCGAGUCCUUCCCACAGCCCGGAGGAGAGACAGGAUUCUGGCAGCGCGCCCAGCCCGCUCUCCCUCCUCCACCCCGGAGUGGCUGCGAAGGGGAAACACGCCUCCGAAAAGAGGCACAAGUGCCCCUACAGUGGCUGUGGGAAAGUCUAUGGAAAAUCCUCCCAUCUCAAAGCCCAUUACAGAGUGCAUACAGGUGAGCGGCCCUUUCCCUGCACGUGGCCAGACUGCCUUAAAAAGUUCUCCCGUUCCGAUGAGCUGACCCGCCACUACCGGACCCACACCGGGGAGAAGCAGUUCCGCUGUCCACUCUGUGAGAAGCGUUUCAUGCGGAGUGACCACCUCACCAAGCACGCCCGGAGGCACACCGAGUUCCACCCCAGCAUGAUCAAGCGAUCGAAAAAGGCCCUGGCCAGCCCUUUGUGAGGUGCUACCCACCACCAGCCAGGGAGGGAUGGACCCCAGAAAGACAAAACUCCUCCCAGGAAACAAGAUGGACAACAUGGACACCCAGCCCCAGCAGAGGCAUGCCCACCCACAGUGGAUGUUCUCUGCUCCCUGGUCAAUUAUUUCUGAUUUUUCUCCCCGCCCCCACCCCCUCCAUUGUUUUGUUUUAAGGAAGCACAUGGUAGCCUAUGAUCAAAGUCAACACGUGAUCCCCCUUGCAGAGGCAGCUCUGAAACCCAGCUUUGACUGUGGGGAGGUAGGCAAAUGCUUUGGGGGGGGGGGGGUGAUUUUUUUCCCCUUCCUUAUUUUCUUUUCAGGGUGGGAGGGGGUUUGGGGGAGAGGAGCAAGGCCAAGACUGGGGUCGAAUUUUUAAAAGAUUCACACUGGUGUACAUAUGUGACUGGGUGAGUUGAUCCAUGGCAAUCACAGGGAUUCUGGACCCUUUAUGCUUGCUGUCUCUCAGAAUUGUUUUCUUCCUUUUUAAUGUAAUGAUGAGUGUGCUUCAGUUUGUUUUAGCAAAAACCACUCUCUUGAAUCACAUCAACUUUUUGAGAUUUUAAAGAAAAGCAAAAACACAACAAAAAAAAAUCCACGAAAACAACUCCAUAGCACAGCUGUCUUUAUGCAAGCAAGAGCACACCUCUUUCCGGCAUGGUCUGUCAUCUAAAGACUUGAAAACAAACCAAGUUACUUCCGGUCCAUGGUAAGCAGAGUCUGACUUUGUACUAAUCAUGGCAAACCUGCAAAAAGGUUAGGCUAAGUACAGAACUUACAUACCUUGCUUUGUAUGAAUUGUAAUUUUUGAACAUAAGCUGCACAUUUAUUUUCCAAUGCAGAGGAUGAAUAAGUUAAAUACAUGUUUUGAGGAUAGAAGCAGACAUUCUGUUUUGGCACCACAUUCUAAUCUGCUUAUUUUACACGUUUCCCUAAGAAAUCAUGGCAGAGAUGUGAGGGCAGAUACAACACAAGCUGAAGGAGAGGGUGGGUAGUGUUUUUUCAAAAUACAGACAAAGUACAGUUUUAACUCUAUGAACUCGUCUAAGGUUUCCUUAUAACUGUCAGUUAACAUCAUCUUAUACCACAAUACCACUAAGAAAGAGAGAGGGAGUGAGCACUUCUAACUCUGUCCGUUGUUAAUUGAAUGGGUACAGAACACUAACCAGGCUUGGAAAUGCCUGGGCUUUUUUGUUUGUGUGUGUGUGUGUGUGUGUUGUUUUUUGAGUGGGGAGGAGUGUUAGUCUAUCUCCUCAUGUUCCUAUAAAACUUCCACUGUCAGGUACAAGAGUUAUAUCCAAGGAAAGGGAGCUGAAAUAUGGAGAAAAACAAAAAGGUGCCCGUAAAAGCAAAGGGAAAAUACCACAGUGAUUUCAGAGGAGACAGCAAAGUGGGUCCCUCUUGUUGACUGUGGGCAAAUGAAAUCACACCCCAUCAAAUAACCUCACCACCACAGGGUGAAUCCAGGUGUCUACAGAGGCCUGAACCACUACAUCCAUCCACACUAUGCCAUUUACCAAGAACUUCAUUUUGGCUUUUCCAUGCCAGAGAAACAAACUGAGUUUGAAACAAUAGUCACAACAAAUGAGAGAGAAAGAAA